AUUAUCCCACAAUAUUGAUUACUGUAUUAAUUCUAAAUUGGUUUUGUUUGAAUCAAUCAACCACUUUAAAAUCGUUCAAUAAGAUCAAAUAUUUAGAUAAGAAAAGGACAAGAGAAAAAACCAAGCUUACCUUUGUUUUCUUUUCCAUACCUAACCUUUGGAGAUCCUUCAUCUUCUUUACUAUCUUAGUUAUGUUCUUACAUCUGCCAAGUUUGACAAGCUACAGCUUUCUUUCUCAUUUCAAGUUAUUUCUUCAAUAUUCACUGAAAAAGCUCUCUGCUUAUUUUACAGGGGAAUUAUAUUGUAAAGCCAAGAAGAAAAAUGGCUGAGUCGUUCUUAACACCAGUUAUUCAGAGUUUGAUUUGUCUACUUAAAGAAGAAGUUAGAUCCUUGAAGGGUGUCCAUAAUGAAGUCGAAAGCCUUAAGAAAGAACUAGAGAUCAUUCAGUCUCUUUUCAAAGACACAGAUGAGAGGGAGUUAACCAGUAAUGCUGUGAAAAUCUGGAUGAAACAGCUCAGAGAACAAGCUGAUCAUAUAGAGGAUGUUGUUGAUGAAUAUCGAUGGCAUCUAGCACAAGGUGCAACUGACAAGAGUGGAUUCAUUGGAUUUUUCUGCAAAAUAGGUGGUCGAAUCAAAGCUUUGAAGUCCCGUUAUCCUUUAGCUUCGCAUAUUAAAGACAUUAACCGAUCUUUACGAAGAAUCAAAGAUGCGGGCCAAGGAUUCGCCUUGGGUCAUUCUCUACAGAGAGUACAAGGUUCAACUAGCGAAAAUUCGUGCACAGAAGAGCAAGACACACGACUUGGUUCUCAUUUUGUUGAGCAAGAUGACGAAUACUUGGAUGUUCCUUUGGCUCAGAAGAAACUGAAAAGCUCUUUGGUGGAAGGAAUGUCUGCACGUAUGAUUAUAUCAGUGGUUGGCCAAGGAGGAAUUGGCAAGACUACUCUUGUUAAGAAAGUCUAUGAUGAGGUGAAACACAAAUUUGAUUGCCGUGCUUGGAUCACUGUGUCCAAAUCGUAUGACUUGAUGAUUUCAUUGAAGAACACGAUGAAACAGAUUGGCCUAAGAGCUGAAUCCACAUCUUUAGAUUAUGAUACAAUGAUCCAAGAAUUAAUUACACCGCUCCGGCAACAUCUGGAGACAAAAAGGUAUGUAAUUAUUUUUGAUGAUGUUUGGGAUAGAGGUUUUUGGGAAAAGAUGAAACAUGCUUUGCCUAGUAGUGAUAAUGGAAGUAGGGUUAUUAUCACAACACGAAAUGAAAAUGUUUCCCCAAGUGAUGAUGCUAUUCAAAGGUUGGAAACUUGGUCUCAUAAUAUGGCUUUUGAGCUAUUUUGUAAAAAGGCAUUUAGACAGGAGUUUAAGGGUUGUUGCCCUGAAGAGUUAGUGAAAUUAUCUCAUGUGAUUCUCAAAAAAUGUCAAGGCUUGCCCCUUGCAAUAGGGGCCAUAGCUGGUUUACUAUCGAGAAAAAAGAAAAUCCAAUCUGAAUGGAAAAAAGUUCUUCAUGAUAUUGAUUUUGAGCUCAAUACAAAUCCUCAACUCGUAAGAAUUUUUGAAAUUCUCUCUCUUAGUUAUCUUGAUUUGCCUUACCACCUCAAAUCUUGCUUAAUGUAUUUUGCCAUUUUUCCCGAAGAUUAUUUGAUUCAGAAACUCAAAUUGUGUCAAUUAUGGAUUUCUGAGGGUUUUGUUCAAGCAAGGGAAGGAAAAUCAUUAGAGGAAGAAGCCGAAGGAUACUUGAAUGAGCUUGCGGAGAGAAGUUUAGUUUCGAUUGAGAUGAUGGGUGGAAGAGUGAGAGGGUGCAAGGUUCAUGAUUUGAUGCACGAGUUCAUCCUAUUAAAGGUAAAGGAUUUAUGUUUUUGUCAAAUUUUGACAACUAAGAAAUCGGAAUUUGAGGAAAACAAACCUCGUCGCUUGUCAAUCCAUGGAAGCAUACCAAAAUCUGUUAUAAAAACAAUUCAACAAUGCACAACCAUUCGCUCAAUCUUUCUUCAGAACUUUAAUGACGAUGACCAAUGGAGUGGUAAAGAUUUUUUGGUUGCUUUGUUUAAAAGUUUAAAGCUUUUGAAAGUGUUGGCCAUAAACGAUGAAACUCUUGAUUAUGUUCCCAAGGAAGUGGGUACAUUGUUCCACCUGAGGUUGUUAGAUUUGAGCUUUUCAAAAAUUAAAGCUCUUCCUGAGUCCAUUGGUAAGCUACAUAAUCUACAACACUUGAAUCUCAAGGAUACCCAGGUUGAUAAGCUUCCAAAAUCCUUAGGCAAGCUUCACAAUCUACUUACUUUGAAUCUCCACAAUACCCUCUUACAUGAGCUACCAAAGGAGAUAAAUAAGCUUUGCAAUCUUAAAAGUCUUUUUGCUUCGCGUAUGAAGGACUUACCUGGGAGGUCAGGUGAUUUGUUUGGGGUGAAGAUACAAGAAGGAUUUGGUAAUUUGGAGAAUUUAGAAGAGCUAAAAGUUGUUGAAUUGCAUCAAGACGUGGUUGGUUUCACAAAGGAAUUGGAGAAUUUGAGCAAGUUGAAGAGUUUGGGUGUGACGAAUGUGACUAAAGAAUCUUCUAGAGCUGUUUGUGGUGUUGUAGCCAAGAAGUUGAGUCACCUUAAAUAUUUGAAUUUGGAUACUAAUGAUGCUGAGGAGUUCCUAGAUUUGGAACCAAUUUCAUCAUCUCCUCCUCCUUUGUUGGAGGUGCUUCAGUUGUCUGGUCUAUUAAACAAGUUUCCUCAUUGGGUUUCACAUCUCACUAAUUUAGAGGCAUUCAUUUUAUAUGGCUCAAAAUCGACAGUGAAUCCACUUAAAUAUCUGAAAGACUUGCCUAAUCUAAUAAGUCUUCGAUUGCGUGACAAUUCAUAUGAAGGAGACCAACUACACUUUGAAGAAGGAUGUUUUCCAAAGCUCAACGAGUUGCACUUAAUAUGUUUGCCAAAUUUGAAGUUGAUGAAGAUAGAUAGAGGAGCAUUGCCUCUUCUUACAACAUUGUACAUAAAUUCUUGCCCAUUAAUGGAGGGGCUUCCCUCUGGUAUUCAAUAUCUACCAAAGCUAAAAGAAUUUAUUAGCCGGAGCAUGUCAAUGGAUUUUAUGGAUCAAAUGAAGCCAAGUGAAGGUCCUGAUUACUCCAAAAUUCAGCAUUUGCCAAUAUUGAACAUUAAAUGAAUAAUUUAAUUGUGCCAUUAGAGGAGAUAUAUAGUACCACUAGGUUUUUGCGGCAAAGUGUUUGUUGUAAUGAACAGAAUGAUGAAACAAAUAUCUCCCUUAAUUUUUAUGUUAUUCUCUCUGUAACUAUUAUUGUUUGUAAGGUUUCUUUAAAAGGUCAAAAGAAUUUUCAACUCAUUGAAAGGAAGUUUCUGAAUUCAGGAGAAUCUUGAGACCAGCCAGCCAGCAGUCAGUAUGAAAAAACUUGGUUUUUGAU